UGUCGAGCAUGACCGGAUGCCAAGGCAGAAGAAAGAAGGGACAGAGAGAUGAUAACCAGGUCAUCGUCAAUGAACUUAAAACCCUCAUCUGCCCGGUGGAGAUCAUGUUCAUCGUAGACAGCUCAGAGAAAGCCAAAUCUCUGCUAUUUGAGCAACAGAAGGAGUUCAUCCUGCGCUUCAGCACUAAGCUGAUGCAGCUCCAGUCGCCCGGCUGGCGGAUCCGCCUGCGCCUGGCCGCACUGCAGUACAGCAGCACCGUGUUGGUGGAGCACAACUUCAGAGACUGGCAGGACCUGGAUGUCUUCCAGAGUCGGGUGACCUCCAUGGCUUUCAUUGGCCAUGGCACAUAUUCCGCCUACGCCAUCACCAAUGCCACCAAGGUGUUCCUGCAGGAGACGUCGCCCAGCAGCCUCAGGGUGGCGCUGUUGAUGAUGGACGGAGUUGACCACCCACGCAGCCCCGACGCAGUGGCAGCUGCUGCAGAGGCCAAACAGCACAACAUCAGGGUGUUCGUCAUCCAGCUGUCCCCACCAUCACCCAAACAGGACGCCAUAGACACAAAGCUGCGAUCCAUCGCCACCGCGCCCCCACAGCAGUACGUCCUCAGCCUCACUGACAGCCAGCUGGAUGAUAAACUCUUCACCGAACUGGUACGUGGAUGUCCACAGCCAAAGACUUGUCUGUGUGAAAGAGGGGCGAAGGGUCACCCUGGAAGUCCGGGGCCACCAGGUGAGCCCGGCUCCACUGGCGCUCCGGGUCCAAAAGGAUCUCGUGGGGAUCCUGGCAUUAAUGGACAUCCAGGGGUGGUGGGCAUUCAGGGACCACCUGGCAGCAAAGGGGAAAAGGGGGAAAAUGGAAAAUGCGGAGUCGAGGGUAAAAAAGGAGAACGAGGUGCUGAAGGACCUUCAGGCCCUAGAGGCCCCAAAGGAGAACAGGGAUCCAGCGGGGCUCCUGGAGAACAGGGACCUGAGGGGCCAUCUGGACCUAAAGGUGAGCGUGGACCAAGGGGGGCAGCUGGACCUCCAGGAGAGAAUGGCGUUGGAAUUGCAGGUCCCAAGGGUGACAAGGGGAACCAUGGAAGACCAGGCCCACCUGGACCAAAAGGUCUUGGUGAGCCAGGGAUGCCUGGAUCACCAGGACCUUCAGGGAUGCAAGGGCCACCAGGGCUUCCAGGUGAGGGUCUCCCAGGGCCCAAGGGUGAGAGGGGGUUUGAUGGUCCAAAGGGUAGUCGGGGGCCUCCAGGGCUUUGGCUCAAAGGUGAUAAGGGAAACGUUGGUGCCCCUGGGUUUCCAGGUUUGGUGGGAUUUCCAGGUGUCGGCAUUCAAGGAGAAAAGGGGGACCAAGGGCCUACUGGCCCUUCUGGACCCAGAGGACCUCCAGGAAUGGGUGCUGCUGGACCAAAGGGAGAUCAGGGUUUUCCUGGUGAGGCUGGACGUCAGGGAGAGAGGGGCAUAGGUGUACCAGGACCAAAGGGUGAGCCAGGACCUGAGGGGCCUGCUGGGAUACCUGGCAUUCCAGGUGAAGAUGGAAGUGUCGGAACGAAGGGAGAGAUGGGGUUGCCAGGUAUGAGAGGCCCAGAGGGAGCACCGGGGAAAGGCAUAUCUGGAGAAAAGGGCGAUAGAGGUGACCGAGGCCUGAGGGGAUUUCCAGGUUCCUCAGGUCCAGUUGGACCAGCUGGAGCUAAGGGGGAGCCUGGCAGUCCAGGAAUGAUUGGCCUCCCGGGGCCUGCUGGUCGUGGCUUUCCAGGGUCAAAGGGAGAUCCUGGGCCUGCUGGACCAUUUGGACCUGUUGGGGAGCCUGGUGUAGGAAUCAUCGGGCCCAAGGGAAACAAAGGAAAUUUUGGACCUGCAGGUCCACCGGGGUUGAAGGGAGAAGGCUUGCCAGGACCACAGGGUCUGCCCGGAUUGCCGGGAGUUCAGGGAGAAAUGGGACCAGAUGGGAAAGGACUACCUGGAGUGAAGGGUGACAGAGGCUUACCAGGUGUUCCAGGACCACCGGGUCCUCCAGGAAUUGGACUUUUUGGACCAAAGGGGGCUACAGGGCAGCCUGGUCCACCUGGCAUGUCUGGGCCUCCAGGAGAGGGCAUUCCAGGAUCAAAGGGAGAGCCUGGGUUUCGUGGGCCAAUGGGUCCCAGGGGGAAACCGGGGGCUGGUCUUCCUGGAGAUAAGGGGGAUCAAGGAAAUCCUGGAGACCGAGGAAGGAAGGGAGACCAGGGGGACUUUGGAGUUCCUGGUUCACCUGGACAAGAGGGAAGACCUGGACAGAAAGGGGACCCAGGACUGACGAGAGAAGACAUCGUCAGAAUCAUCAAAGAAAUAUGUGGAUGUGGUCUGAAGUGCAGCAGCCCUCUGGAGCUGGUGUUUGUGAUCGACAGCUCUGAGAGCGUGGGGCCAGAAAACUUCGAAGUAGUCAAGGACUUUGUGAACGCAAUUAUCGACCAGCUGACAGUGAGUCGGGAAGCCAGUCGGAUCGGAGUGGUGCUUUACAGCCAUGUAGACAUUGUGGUGGUCAAUCUGCAGCAGCAACCCAGCCAGAACGACAUCAAGGCUGUUGUCAGAGGAAUGCCCUACCUGGGUGAGGGCACCUUCACAGGCAGCGCCAUCCAUCGAGCAAAUCAGUUAUUCCAGGCCUCGCGACCCGGCGUGAGGAAAGUAGCGUUGGUUUUAACGGAUGGGCAGGCUGACCCACGUGAUGUCAUGAAGUUUGAAGAGACAGCCAGGGAGGCCCACGACGGAGGCAUUGAGAUAUUUGCUAUCGGAGUUUUGAACAAGACCGACCCUCUAUAUAAAGAGUUCCAGGCUGAGAUGAAGACCAUCGCCUCUGAUCCUGAUAAAGACUACGUCUACCUUAUCCAUGACUUCAGAAUGCUGCCAAAUCUGGAAAGUAACAUACUGAAGCAGCUUUGUGGUCCAGAUAGCACAAUGCCCUUCAUGCCAAAGUAUUUCUUUCCACCUGAGGGACUCCAUCCUGGCAGACACUCUACAGAGUUCCCAGGAGAGGAAGAAACACAACUUGAGUUCCCAGUGGAGAAAUCUAUAGUCCAGCCAGAGUUACCUGAGUCAGAAUGGCCUGAUGAGAACCAGGUUGAUACACAAUCAUUGCUGGAGCCCUGGAACAAUCUGCCAGGCUACAAUUUCCCGUCUCCUGAUGGCAUGGAGAAGCAGGGCCCAGGGCUGACCUCCGUGGUGGGCCCAGAGAGUCCAGCUAACUGGCUGAAGAGCACCCCAACUCCCUUCAGCUCUUCUACUCCAUCACGGACAGAUUCACUAGUGUCAGGAGAGGGUUGCUUCCAGAAAAUGAAGACAGGUCCCUGCCGGGAGUACACAGUCAGGUGGUACUACGACUCAGUGGCACAUGCCUGUGCCCAGUUCUGGUUCGGAGGUUGUGAGGGCAAUUUAAACAACUAUAAGACUGAAGCCAUCUGCAGGAAAACCUGUAUCCACACGUAA